UGUUCAAGUUGUUACAGAUAGUGCAAGUAACAAUGUGCUUGCUGGAAAAUUAUUAGAAGCAAAAAGGCCACACUUGUAUUGGACUCCUUGUGCUGCUCACUGCGUUGACUUGAUCUUAGAAGAUAUAGGGAAAUUGCCUGAUUUUAAAGCAACAUUGAAGAAGGCAAUGAGUGUGAAUGCUUACAUUUAUGUUCGCCCCGGCAUGGUAAAUAUGUUGAGGCAAUUCACAAGACAAAAAGAGCUUUGUCGGGCAGGUGUCACAAGAUUUGCUACAGCUUUUCUUACUCUUGAAAGGAUGCACCUACAGAAGCAAAAUUUAAGAAAAAUGUUCAUUUCAAAAGAUUGGACAGAAAGUAAAUGGGCAAAAGAAGCGGCGGGGAAGAAGGUAGCUAAAAUUAUCAUGACACUUAGAUUUUGGAGCAGUAUUGUGCAUAUUUUAAAAAUAUAUGGCCCUUUAGUCCGUGUUCUGAGAUUGGUUGAUGGCGAAAGAAAACCUGCAAUGGGCUAUAUUUAUGAGGCUAUGGAUAGGGCAAAAGAAACAAUUAUGAAGGCCUUCAAGGAGAAAGAAGAGAAAUACAAAGAAGUGUUUGAGAUCAUUGAUGCGAGAUGGGAAUGUCAACUUCAUCGGCCUCUGCAUGCUGCAGGACAUUAUUUGAAUCCAGAAUAUUUUUAUUCAUACACAGAUUCAAAUAUCUGUGGAGAAGUGGUGAAUGGUUUGUUUGAAACUAUGGAGAGAUUGGUUUCAAGCGCUGCCGAGCAAGAUAAAAUCACUACCCAGCUCUCUAUAUAUCGAAAGGCAGAAGGGCUAUUUGGGAGGAAUGUAGCAAUUAGACAUAGAAGAGCAUUAUCUCCAGCAGAAUGGUGGGAAUGCUAUGGAGCAAAUACCCCAGAAUUGCAAAAGUUUGCUAUUAAAGUACUUAGCCUCACUUGCAGUGCUUCUGGUUGUGAGCGCAAUUGGAGUGUAUUUGAGCAGAUUCACAGCAAAAAAAGAAAUAGGCUAGCUCAGCAGCGCUUAAAUGAUUUGGUAUUUGUGAAAUACAAUCGUGCCUUAAAGCUUCGGUAUGAUGCACGUGAUAAGAUUGACCCCAUCUCUUUGACAGAUAUUGAUGAUAGUAAUGAAUGGUUGAUGGGUAGAAUGGAUGGAGAAAGUGAUAAUGAAGAAGAUGAGUUGGUUUUUGAAGGUGAUGACUUGACAUGGGAUGUCGUUGCUAGGGCUAGUGGAGCUGAAGAGCCUGAAUAUUGUACUAGAGGAAAAAAUAUUGCAACCAUGACCUCUAGUUCAAAUGCUAGGCCUAAACAAGUCGAGAAGGGAAAUGCAUCUUCCUCUAUGAGACACUCAUCUCUAAGAUUUAGAGAUGAAGAAGAAGAAGAAGAAAUUGAAUUUGAAGAAGAUGAAGAUAACGAAGAAGAAGAAUACAAUGAGGAUGAUCUUGAGCUUGAUGAUUAA